AUGAAACGGCCAGCUACCAGUUCGGCACCGUGUGUGGUCGGCAUCGUCGCCUCAGUCGACGCACAACUUGCACAGUGGCCCGCAGAUAUUCGCAUUCAGCCUGCGCGCCAGGAAAUGGUUUCUGACCUCGAUACCCUUCUACAAUCACGCAUCAAGAUCUGGGCAAAGCACAACAAGGGCAAGUUCCUGGAACACAUCAUCGUCUACCGUGACGGCGUGUCAGAGGGCCAAUACGACAUGGUCAUUGAGAAGGAGCUGCCCCUCCUGAAGAAAGCCUGCCAGAACAUCUACCCAGCCUCGGAUACAAAGAAAGGCCUGCCCCGCAUGGCCAUCGUCGUCGUUGGAAAGCGCCACAACACCCGCUUCUACCCGACAUCCGAUGUUGAAGCCGAACGCUCCGCCAACCCUCAACCUGGCACCGUCGUCGACCGCGGAAUCUCCGAGGCCCGCCACUGCAGGCUCACUCCGCGCUGCAAGGCACCGCCCGUCCCGCCCACUACUUCACCGUCUGGGACGAGAUCUUCUACCCACUACACCCUGGCGUCGGACCCGCAUCGGCGCUGCCGAUAG